GCUAGCAGCAAUGAAGGACCCUAUGGAACGGCGAGAAAGGGAGGAGGAGCAAAAGUUGGCGUGGAAAUUGAGGAUGAAGAGGGAGAAGAAGAGGAGGAGAGAGGAAGUCAACAAACUGACCGCAGCGGUGGCGAAGGUGCAGGAGUGUAGGAAAGAAGUGGAGGCGCAGGCAGACGACAAGGCCAAAUAGGAUAAGGUCUUGGGCUACCUAGAGGUGCUGAGCACAGCAUGGAUGGAGGAGCGCCAAGCUAGUUGGAGCCAGGAGGUAGCUUUGAGUGCCAUGCGGACGGGAUUUAGAGACUUUGCGCCCGAUAUGGUCACCCACAUUGGGGGGGAAGUCAAGCAACUGAGGGACAAUGUGGGGAAGUUUUGCGAAGGCGCCAUUGAAGGUGCCAAAGCAAUAGCCACUGUAGAGGGCGAGGUCAGACCCCGUAAAGAGCCUGUAAAGCUCAAGUUCCCAGACGCAUACGGGGGGAAGAAGGAGGAGAACUUUGACAACUGGGAGGCCAGUGUCAAUAGUUACAUAAACUUACAGCACAUCCUGUCAGAGGAACAAGUCCUCAUGGCCUUCCAGGCCCUUAAGGAUGAGGCGGCUAGUUUUGCCAGGUUGCUUAAGAAAGAGGCAAUCUGGCAAUGGGAUAGAGACUCUACGUCUGCGCUAAAGAGAUUAAAGCGCGCGUUAAUAGAGUAUCCUGUCCUCAAAGUAGCUGAUCCGUCGCUACCAUUUGUCGUCACCACGGACGCGAGUCGGUAUGGUAUAGGCGUCGUGUUGCAGCAAGAUGACGGCAAUGGUUAUAGACCCGUAGAGUUCAUGUCAGCGAGGAUGCCCUCAGAGAAGGUAGCCACCUCGACGUAUGAGAGAGAACUCUACGCUCUCAAGCAGGCUUUAGAGCACUGGAAGCAUUACCUACUUGGGAGACACUUCAAAAUGUAUUCUGAUCAUGAAACACUUAGAUGGUUAAAGACUCAGGCCAAGAUGACACCUAAGUUGACUAGGUGGGCCGCUGAGAUAGACCAAUAUGACUUUGAGCUUCAGCCAGUGAAGGGCAAGUACAACGUAGUUGCGGAUGCUCUGAGUAGGAAAUCAGACUACUUUGGAGCUAUAGUACACUAUCUGGAUAUAGGGAGAGACCUGCAGGAGAAAGUGAAGCAAGCGUAUGCGCAGGACCCCAUCUAUAGUGACCUCCUAAAGAGAGUUAGAGAGGGCCCAGAGACUGAGCCAGAUUACCGCACUACAGACGGGUUGCUGUUUGAGAAGACUAACAUAUUUGACCGCCUGUGUGUUCCCAACAACGAAGAGAUUCGUAGUUUGAUCCUAGGGGAAUGCCACGAUACUGAGGGACAUUUCGGUUGGCAAAAGACUUUAGCCAACCUGAUGCGUGCGUACACCUGGCCAGGAAUGAAAAGUGACUGCAUAGAGUAUGUCCGCAGUUGCAACGUUUGCCAGAGGAAUAAGACUACUACGCGUGCCCCUCUAGGUCUUCUCAGACCCUUGCCUAUUCCGGAUCAGCCGGGAGACUCGGUGUCCAUAAACUUCAUGGACACCCAAUUCAAGAGCAAACAUGGUAAGAGCCCAGUCAUGGUCAUAGUUGACCGAUUUAGUAAGUAUGCAGUUUUUGUUCCCUUGCCUGCAGAGGCACGUACAGACUUAGUUAUACGGAAGUUCUUUGAUUUUUGGGUUAGUGAGAAUGGAAUCCCGUUGUUGAUAGUUAGCGAUAGAGAUAGUCGUUUCACCAGCCAGAACUGGCAAGAACUCAUGAGAGUCUACGGAUCUAAGCUGUUGAUGUCGUAUGGCCGCCAUCCAGAGACAAACGGUCAGACUGAACAGAUGAACAAGAUCCUAAAGCAAGUUCUGCGCAUGUACAUUAGACCCGAUCAGAUUGACUGGGAUGAGAUGUUACCCAAGGUAGCUAGUGCGUACAACAACAACGUACAUCUGUCCACUUGUCGCACUCCCAAUGAGCUGCACAAGUCCUUUAGGCCGCGCAGACCAUUCGAAGGACUGAACCGGGAUCAGAUUCACAGGCUACCGCCCGGUACUAGGGAGUUUGCGAUACAGCACGAGAAAGAACUAGCAACAGUUGUAGAGAACCUCAGGAAGGCCCAGCACAGAAUGAUAGAACAGGCCAAUAAGCAUCGUCGCCCAUCGCAGUUUCAGGUAGGCGACUUAGUCUGGGUCAAGGCUAAAGAGUUUGCACCUGAGGAAAACAUCUCGCAGAAGUUAGUGCCUGCAUAUAGAGGACCGUGGCCGGUUCUAGAAGUUAAAGGCGGAGAGGAUGGACCGUCCUACACUAUAGAGAUUCCAGCACACCUCCACACAUACCCUGUGUUUCAUGCUUCAAAGCUGCUGCCGUGUGUCACAAGUCAACAGUUCCCUUCAAGAAGAUCCAUGAUACCCCCAGAUAUGGAUAGAAGCUAUGACAUUGACGGCAUUGUAGAUGAAGAUGUCUUUAGAACAGGAGGUAGAGGUUGUCCACAGAAACAGUAUAAGAUCCGGUUUGCUUAUCAGGAACCGGAGGACGACCGCUGGUUUACUAGGACAGAACUUCUAGAAACAGCUCCCGACAUAGUCAGAGCCUAUGAGCGUGACAAGAAGGGUAAAGCAAAGGAGGAAGGAGUUUACUGGAAGAGUGGGCGCACGGGGACUUGCAUCCUGCGAGCGACUGGAGGACAGGUACCUGAACAAUUGGAGGAAUUGGGGCGGCGAUCGAGCAGACCAGGGACAGGAGGACAGUCAAUACUAGAUGAUAUAGGAGGAAUCAGAUACCUGAGCAAUUCGUUAUCAAUGGAUGGCAUCAGCAGAUCCAGAGGAGAGAAGCGACGAUCGUCGACAGAAGGAAAUGAUGCUUCGCCGCCCCUGGCAGGCGGAGAAUUGGAAUUUGCCACUGUCAUCGAGGGGUCACACCCCCUUGGCAAACCGGUGCAGGAGAACACAUUUAUUGAGGGGACAGGCCCCCUUGCCCCUCCUCAAGUCAUAGUUGCCUCAGAUCAUGGACAGCUGUUGGCAAUUUAUGAAAAGACCGUUCGUGAGAUUGAUGGUCAUAGUCAGUCCCUCCUGUCAGUCGUUGUUGCGUUUAUUUCCAUUGCUGCUGCUGUUCUGGCUGUGACUCCCACGUCCUGGAUUCUGAGGGAUCUGGACGAUAUGUGCUGCAUGAAGUUGGACCCGAACGGCCGCUGCUGCUUUGGUGUGCCUCCGGCCAACUGGGCAGAGUGCUGCAAUGAUUGUAGGAAACAGGGGAUCUACAACGCCACAUGGUUUGCAGGAGGAGACAAAGGAACUCCUAAGCAUACGGAAUGUCGCGUGGCACAAUCUGCUGUGAUCUACCGCAGGAAUGGGAUGUCGAUCUUUCUUUGCCUGUCCGUCGCAACUGCACUUGUAGGCUUCUAUGUGGCAGCGACGAUACCAGCAGUAAUGAUUGCCGGCGAGCGAAGGCGGCUGAUUGAGCUGUGUGUGUUUCAGCACAAACGCCGAAAGUUUUACAUGUUAUGGCGAACACUAGACUACCGAAUGGAUAAUGUUUGGUAUCGGUUUGUGGCAGAUUCUAUGGGCAAUCUCGGCAUGCUCUUCAUCAUCAUUGUCUCUGUGACUAUAUUUGUCUCAGUGGAAAAGUAUUACCGACACGCCAGGUUCUGUGACACGAACGGAAGCGCAUUAACGUGGCGAUCCUGUGGAGCGUCAGCCCCGGCAGGCAUUGUCUUAUUGCUCCUUACACUUAUGUGGACAAUCCUCUCCACACGCUGGCUCUGGAGCAGGGAGAAAAGGAGACUUCCAUUCUUGUUUGAUAAAGAUUACCUUCACGUUAAUUCCACAGACCCACCUGCUGCCCGCUGAUUACCUGGCCACAAGACGGGAAAACUCACAGAAGGGUUUGCCAGCAUCCUGCAGCCUGUACACUUAUGCAGGUAUGUUCGUACACAUCUGAAAGGAACUGAGAAGCCAGCUUCUCUCGACACCAUAUGGGGACCUACGGACACAUUGAUGCAAGAUGGUAACCCAACCUCCCUCCUCCUCCUCCUCCUCCUCCUCCUCCUCCUCCUCUCUCUCUCCACCUAUUUGUUUACCUAUCUAUGUGAUUCUGUAUCCAUCCACCCACUCACCCAUCCAUCCAUCUGUCUGUGUGCUAGUGUAGCGCCACCGUGGCAAUGUGUGUGCAUAUCCUGUGCCAUCUUUUUUUUUUUUUUUUUAACACAAGCUCCGAUCUAUUUGUGGGGAGCAUCACGUGCUGAGAACUGGGCUCAGCGUCCCUUUUGAAAAAAAUACAUAGUUGAAAGUUUGCGAGUUUGAGAAAAUAGUCAUGCACCUGAGUCAAUCAGCACAAGUAGCAAUGUUAGAAUUUACUAUUUAGAGAUAUAUUGAAUAUGUUGCCAAACUGAGAUGGGUUGGCUAUAGAUAUCCGACUUUUCGGGUCAGUGUAUAGGAGGUUACCGAAGAUAUUUGGGGGUGAUGAUGGCGAUGAAGAGCUAAUGCAUGCCGAGAUUUAGAGAUGCUGCAUGCUGAGGUUUUAAGCUGCUUCCUGAUGAGGUUUCGACCUGCUUUGUGCAAAGCUUCUGAUCUAUUUCACGAUGACAUCUAGCGAUACUUCAUGCUCAUAUCUGGAGAUACUUCAUGCUGACAUCUAACGAUAUGCAAGGAACCAUGCACUGAGAAGAACAACAAUCCAGACUAGCUCAGCGCCUGUGGUGCAGGCAGUGCAGGCCUGCACCGCCCUGCACACAAUAAGGAAAAAGGCGACACGAUCAUGUACGUUGUGCGUCAAGAUCUAUAUCGACAGUGAAUCAAUGGCAAUACAGUGC